CAUCACUAGCGCGCUGGUACGUAGCUCACACUAGCAGGACACAUCACUAGCGCGCUGGUACGUAGCUCACAGACCAGGAGCUGGCCAUGUACUCGCACGACAACAUCAUCUGUGGCAUCACCUCCGUCGCCUUCAGCAAGUCCGGCCGCCUGCUGCUCGCCGGCUACGACGACUUCAACUGCAACGUGUGGGAUUCCAUGAAGAGCGAGCGCGCUGGAAUCCUCGCCGGUCACGACAACCGCGUGUCUUGCUUAGGCGUCACCGAGAACGGGAUGGCUGUUGCCACGGGGUCCUGGGACUCCUUCCUGCGCAUCUGGAACUAGACAACACCACCCGCCCCCCCCACGCACGCCGCCCCCCCCGGGCCCCGCGCGAGGGGAAACCGCCGCUCGGGGGACCACUGACCCACGGCAAUUUGACAGUGAUUCUAUUAAAGUCUACCUUCUAUGGUCAUUUUUAUCUAGCACAAGUUUUAUCGGUCGACUUGUCAG